AUGGUGAGAACCAGAGGCAGUGGGUCUCGGUCUGUCAAGUCAGCGGCUGGUUCGUUGAGUGCAUCUCCAUCCCUCACUAAGAAGAAAGCUCGGAAGAGUACCUUGUCUCAUCCCAUCCACAUUGAUGAUUCCAUCACCACGAGCAAAGCCGUGGUCAUUCCAGACCUUGAAGCCCCCAAAGUUCUGACUGAACCUCCUUCUUCGGCGGCUCCGCUCGCCUCUAUCCCAGGGUCUUCCAAAAGAGGCCGAGCUUCUCCAUCAAAGGAUGUCUCUGAUCAUGGUCGUGAUUCUGCCAAAGCCCAUUCUGAUUCCUCAGAGUCACCUGACGUGCUUGCACCCAAGAAGAAAAGCAAGGGUUGGUUCCAGGUCUCUUCUUCUCGAAAAUCUCCUCGUUCCAAAGGGAAUGAUCCUUCUGAUUCUACGCCGAAGGCUUCAUCUCCUGUUGGUACCACUCCUCAUUCCAAGUUUAGGUCAAAGGUAAAGAAAAUUCCUCCACCUUGUUCUUCUUCUGAAACUGACCCUUCUUCAGAUUGUGUACCCUCCGACGAAGAUCCCCUUGAAGACGACCCCUCUCUUGAGGAAAAUGUUGACUCAGAAGAUGAAUCUGAUCCAUCAGAGGACCCCCCCUGUUUCACCAAAGGGCAAGAAACCAAUGAAAAUUCCUGA